GGACUCGUUCAGCUUGAUAACCAAACAUGGAUAAACUAAGGUUGUCACGCAACUGCUUCAUCCAACGCAUCUCGGAUUCCCGCUGCACGCUUGACAAAAGCAACCGUGUGCGUUCCCUAAAACGCGAAGCUUCCUGGAAAGGAGAUCGAUUCUCGAUCACGGUGGGCAGAGACACGUCGAUCAUCCCUACUUCGUCCCCGGUGGUAGCAGCGGAUCGUCUGGUCCGGGGGAGGUUGAGGACGAUACAGAGAAGGAAACAAGAGGAAGUAAGAGAUGGUUUGAAUAAUGACUCGGUUGGCACGUGGUGGGAUGGGGUUUGCCAGUCGACGGUGCGCCAUCUUGCCUCGGCUCUCUACUUAUAAUUAUUGAUGUGGCCCGAACUUUAUAUAAACUCGAAACUCGUCUCCCUCGCACCGUCGGUUCGCCACCACCACCGCCACCCACUACCACCACGAACGACGACUACGACGACGGCGGCGGCGGCAACGACGACGACGACGACGACGACGACGACGACGAUGACGACGACGACGACGACGACGACGAGGAAGAGGACGACGAGGAGCACCAGCACCGGCACCAGCAUCAGAGCAGGCACGGAACCAUCUCCACGUAGCACGGAGUAGAAACCACCCCCCUGAGCCCCGGCCGCCCCCCUCGCUACCCCCCGGCCCACCUCCUCUUUCGGCUCUCCAACCAGGCGGCAGGAGGAAAUUGUUGGAGUUUUCAAAGUCUGACGUGCAGGAUAUUAUGAACGAGGGUAUGGCGUCGUCGAGGAGGUGGAGAAGGUGGUGGAGUAGUAACUACGAACGAGGGGGGGCGGCGGUGGCGGCGGCAGCGGCUCGGGAGGGACGACCGGGGGAUGUGCAGCGGCGAGAAGGUGGGAGGGAGAGAGGGUAGUUGGCGAGGUGGAGCGGAGGUACCCAGGCAAAACUACCCGCCUCGGCUCACUCUUCUGCCUCCAGAGCCACCCACCAGCCCAUUCGUCUAGCUUAAACUAUAUUCCGACCUAACCUCCCGCAUAGGUACCUUCCUUCUACCCAAGCCCUCUACCCACUCUACCCACUACCAUCUGACAGCCGGCCAAUACUUGCCGGAUGCACCCGAUACCUAGCCGUUCGCCGGCUUUUCUGCCCCCGCACGUUUGUUAUAUUAACGCCGACCGUCUCCUGAUUUUUCUUCCUCUGUCUGCUGAUAUUCGGAAUUGUUGGCAACCGGGGAUUGAAUUUAUUGAGGUAGGUCUCUCUGAAAGUUGUUCUUGGAUUCCCUUGGCUCAAUCGUUGAACUUGUUCGAAUAUUUCCUUUAACCCUCUGUCACGUAACUUGAAAGUGAAUACACGUUGCACUUCGCGAAUACAUCACUAAAAAAAAAGCAUCGGAUGAAUGAAUUGACCGUUGAUUGUCAGGUUUUCCAUCGAAGUAAAUGGCUGUAAUUUCUCUGUAUUUUAUAUAUUUUUUACAUUUACAAGAGAAGAUUGUCAAUUGCUUCUAGCUACUUACUCACAUAACGAAAACAGGAAACUUUGUCCGACAAACGCUGAAAGUCUCGCAACAAUUGAUGAUUCUUUCAACCAAAAGUUGGCCACGAAUAAAUAAGAUCUUUCUUCUUUCUGUUUUUCUUUUGGAUGUGUGUAUUAUUUUCUUUUUUCUUAGAUUUCUGAAGUCAUCUUCUCGAUAGAGAGACGACUUGGAAAAAAGUUUCAGGUACGAUAAGCGACUCGGUUUCGCGACGAGGUUGGAAUAUAGCCGAAGCACGUGUACGAGUAUAUUGUAAAGGGGUGGGUGGUUAGGUGAGUGCACAUAUAUCUAUAUAGUGUCUACAGGGGGUAGAAGUAUAAGCUUUCCUCUCGCAAAUGAGGUAAUAUAUAUACAAAAGCUAAUACGACCGAAAGUUGCCAACUUGGAUGAGUCUCUCCUCCGCCACCUACACCUCCUGCGCUU